GAUGAUGCCCAGGGGUCCCUUCCAGAGUUUCACGCUUAUGCGCAGGAGAUAGGCGGCGCUGCUCUGAGCUGCGGCUCGGAAAGCAUUCAGAGGUCGGUGGCAAGGCAGCUCCUGCGCUCCUCCUCCUCCAGCCAACUCCCCUCUCCGGAAGCAGGAUGGCCAAAGAUGAGGCGGAAGCUGGGAACCGGAAGCCUGAAGCAGCUGUUUUAAGCGAGGCACAGAACUGUAGACUUGGGAGCGGGGAUCCCUGGUGGUCAUCUAGCCCAACCCCCUGCAAUGCAGGAAUCUCAUCCAUAACAGAGCGGCUCGGGGCUUCGGUGGCUUCUUCUCCUCUUCCUCCUCCAGCUCCCUUGUGGUCUCGAUUUCCCCAAGGGUAGCCGGGGGGCAGGCGGAGGCCAACCCCAGGGAGACUUUGCGUGGAGCAAGACGCCCGCUGCCCUGCGCCACGAGGGGCAAGGAAGGAAGCGGAGGUAGAUCCUGGGGAGAGAAAGGGAUCGGGCACCGGGCAGGCGGGGCAGAUCACAGAGCGGAGGGUUGUUUUUAAGGGAGCGGGAGAUCCCUUUUCUGUAACCCCGAUCAUCCCCGAAAGUGUCCGACCCAUGCAAGGCUCACUCGCGAGCGAGAUGUGGGUGGGAAUCGAACAGCGCUCUGCACAUGUGCCGGGAACAGCUCUCCUUUAUCGCCUGGCAAUUUGCGGGGCUGGGCGAUGCUGAAGCCCGCAGGUUCUAGCCUGGGACUAAACAAUUGACUGCUGCUGGCACAUUUGCAAAGCUAAGCAGGGUCUCUUGUACGGUUUCAAAUUGGGAGGGGGCGGCGUUUUGAGAUUCCUGCACUGUAGGGCGUUGGUUGGGAUGAUCCUUGGGAGCCCUUCCAACUCUAUGAUUCUGUCAUUCUGUGAAAUAAGAGCGAGGCAAGCGAAAGUGGAGCACGCCUAGCUGGAUUUAUUUGAUGUUUUGGUGAGCCAGGUGGCAGGCGUUGUUCUAUUCUCAAUCUCCUAAUCCCGCAUGCCUUUCAGGAAGCUGCAGUUGGUGCCCCAAACCUGGAUCUAGGCAGCGGAGUUUUCCUUUUACAGUAGUACCUCGGGUUACAUAUGCUUCAGGUUACAGACUCCGCUAACCCAGAAAUAGUUGUUGUUGUUAAGUCAUGUCCGACUCUUCGUGACCCCCUGGACCAGAGCACGCCAGACACUCCUGUCUUCCACUGCCUCCCGCAGUUUGGUCAAACUCAUGCUGGUAGCUUCGAGAACACUGUCCCACCAUCUCGUCCUCUGUCGUCCCCUUCUCCUUGUGCCCUCCAUCUUCGCCAACAUCAGGGUCUUUUCCAGGGAGUCUUCUCUUCUCAUGAGGUGGCCAAAGUAUUGGAGCCUCAGCUUCAAGAUCUGUCCUUCCAGUGAGCACUCAGGGCUGAUUUCCUUAAGAAUGGAUUGGUUUGAUCUUUUUGCAAUCCAUAGGACUCUCAAGAGUCUCCUCCAGCACCAGAAAUAGUACCUCUGGUUAAGAACUUUGCUUCAGGAUGUGAACAGAAAUCGCAUGGUGGCAGCAUGGCGGCAGCAGGAGGCCCCAUUAGUUAAAGUGGUGCUUCAGGUUAAGAACAGUUUCAGGUUAAGAACGGACCUCCAGAACGAAUUAAGUACUUAACCCGAGGUACCACUGUAUUCUUAAACCAAAUUGCUGAACAAACCUACACAGAGUGACUUUACCAUGCCAGAACAAAUGUGGCAACCAUGGUGCACUUUGCAAAGAAAUGGAUUUAGAGAAGGCUCCCCCAACUUGAUACACUCUCUAAAUGUUUUGGACUACAACUACCAUCAGUCCCAGAUGGCGCUACAACUCCCAUCAACCUCCAUGCCAACCAGGGCUGAUGGGACCUCUAUGGCAAAACUUCCAGAGUUUGGGGAAGGUAGAGUUUGCAGCUCUGUUGUUGUUGUUGUUUAGUCGUCUCCAACUCUUCGUGACCCCCUGGACCAGAGCACGUCAGGCCCUCCUGUCUCCCACUGCCUCCCGCAGUUUGGUCAAACUCAUGCUGGUAGCUUCGAGAACACUGUCCCACCAUCUCGUCCUCUGUCGUCCCCUUCUCCUUGUGCCCUCCAUCUUUCCCAACAUCAGGGUCUUUUCCAGAGAGUCUUCUCUUCUCAUGAGGUGGCCAAAGUACUGGAGCCUCAGCUUCAGGAUCUGUCCUUCCAGUGAGCACUCAGGGCUGAUUUCCUUAAGAAUGGAGAGGUUUGAUCUUCUUGCAGUCCAUGGGACUCUCAAGAGUCUCCUCCAGCACUGUAAUUCAAAAGCAUCCGUUCUUCGGCGAUCAGCCUUCUUUAUGGUCCAGCUCUCACUUCCAUACAUCACUACUGGGAAAACCAUGGCUUUCACUAUACGGACCUUUGUUGGCAAGGUGAUGUCUCUGCUUUAAAUUUUUUAAAAAACAGAAACUGCUCACUGUUUCUGUAUUUGGGGGGAAAGCUUCACCUGAAGCAUUUCUGCCUGUUAUGAAGCUGUCAAAAGCACAGGAGCACUGCGAGGAGGCAGCCUCUGAGAGAAUGACAGACUUAUUGUAGGUUUGGAGGAUUGGGAAAUGAGCAGACGGACAUUCAUGACAUUUCAGGGGGUUGGGCUAAAUGACCCUUUGGAUCCCUUGUGAUGCUAUAAUUCUGAGUCUAAGGCAUUUUAUUAAAACAUGUUUAAUAGCUCUGUUGAACAGAAAUUGGGGGGGGGUUCUGGAGGGUUACUUAGAGGAUUUGCAAAUGCCAGAGGAGAGCCAAGAAUCUGUAGGGGCAUUUGAAAUAUUAAAAUGUCGUGGCGUAAAUACUGUAAAUUGCCAUUCAAGAUGACACCUCGCUGUUUGUGUCAGGAGUUGAAUAAAUUGUGGGCAUGUGACCCAGGUGUGGCUCAGGGGAUGUUUGGAGAAAGUAACAAGGUCAUGGGUUCCUAAGAUAUCUGUGUGAGCCAGAAAAACAGAGGCUUGCCACUUCCACCAUCCUGGUUCACUUCUACAGCUUGCCUCUUCUGUUGUCCCCGUUCUGUUUUAUGUCAAUAUUUCAGGCUUGCCUCUUCCACCAUCCUGGUUCACUCUCUUGCUUGCUCUUCUGUUGUUCCCAUUCUCCUUUAUGGCUUGCCUCUUCCACCUUCCUCGUUGCCUUUUGUAGCCAUACUUGCGGCUUACGUUUUUUCAGCAGCGCUCAACCACUGGGAUGAGCCCAUUUUCACUGCCGCGUGUGACAUGUCUUCCACCAUCCUGGUUCACUUCUGCAGCUUGCCUCUUCUGUUGUCCCCAUUCCUAUUUUAUGACAAUAUUCUAGGCUUGCCUCUUCCACCUUCCUCAUUCCCUUUUGUAGCAACGCUCGAGGCUUACCUCUCCUGCUGUCUCCCUUCUGUUUCUUUCAGCAGUGCUCAACCACUGGAACGAACCCAUUUUCACCACCGCGUUCAGAAGGAUGGCAUCCCUGACGCUUUCUGAGCCAGCCCCUCUUCCUGCUGGUGUGGCAACAGUUGCUCUGGUUCCAGCUCAGGUGGGCAAGGGGACAACUGGCUCUGGGGCGACAACCUACCAAUUUCCCUUCGCUUCAGUAUGAAAGGUGGCCUUAGCCCCACCUGCUGCUCCUGAGAAGCUCUAUGGAGAGACAGUGAGGUGCAGCAGUUAGAGGAGCAGUGGGAAUGUGUUGGAUUUUAUAACACAAGUACUUUGUUUGAGAGUCUCCCAUAAACAAUUGCUGCUAUCUUCAGCUAGAGCUUGUAAGGACCCUACCCAAAAACCUGGAGAUUCUCUGCCAAUCAGUGUAGAAAAUACUUAAUUAGAUAUCCUAUGCCCUUUUAAAAUGUGGGGUGUUUUGGGGGGGGGUUAUUGGGCUGUUGUUUUUAUUUUGAUUGUAUGUUUUGUGGUUUUAUAUUUUGAUUUUGUUCUGUGAACUGCCCUGAGACCUCCGGUUAUAGGGCGGUAUUUACAGUGGUACCUCGGAAGUCAAACAGAACCCAUUCCGGAAGUCCGUUCGACUUCCAAAACGUUUGGAAACCAAGAUGCGGCUUCCGAUUGGCUGCAGGAAGCUAUCUUGCAGCCAAUCGGAAGCCACGUAAGCUGCAUUGGACAUUCGGGUUCCAAAGAACGUUCGCAAACUGGAACACUCACUUCUGGGUUUGCAGUAUUUGGGAGCCAAAACAUUCAACUUGCGUUCGACUUCUGAGGUACGACUGUAAAUUCAAUAAAUAAAAUUAAUUAGAUGGAUCAACUGUGUGGCUUGUGCGAAGGCGUCAAGUCCUUUGGGGAAGGGAUAUAGGUCAAUUGUAGAGCACCUCUUAUGCAUGUAGAACGUCCCAGGAAAAGCCCUGUCUUGAAACCCAGUCAGCAUUGAUCAAGGGUAGCUAUUGUGGUGGCCUCUGGAUUUGUUUUUGGACUCCAACUCCCAUCAGCCCCAGCCAGCAUGGCCAAUGGACAGGGAUGAUGGGAUUUGUAGUGCAGCAAAAUGUCAACUGGGCAUCUUGUUGGCUACGCCUGGCAUAGAAAAUAGAUGGACCGAUGGUCUGACUCUGUACUAUGCAAUUUCCUUGCCUGGGACCCUGGAGAUCCUCUGGUUGAUCAGUCUAUAAACUAGUGAACUCGGCGGAUCAACAACCUGACUUGGGAUGAAGCCCCUUCCGAGUUCUUGUGUCUACUUUCCAGGUUUUGGUGACCUUUCAGGAUGUAGCGAUCCACUUCAGUGAGGAAGAAUGGGCCCUUUUGGAUCCGGACCAAAGAGCUCUCUAUAUAGAUGUCAUGGUAGAGAACAACUUCAACUGGGCCUCUCUGGGUAGGCAUCCCUUCUUUGCUGCUCAAUAAACGGUGUUGAGAGGGCUUGGGAAGGCUCUAGGAAAGCAUAUAAUAGCUCUACUUUUCCCGUCUGUCAGUUUGAGUAAGGAAAGGGCCAUAGCUCAGUGGCUAGAGCACUUGCUCUGCAUACAUUGUCACUAUUACAAGGUUAUACGCUCUAUAGAGUGGUACCUCGGGUUACAUACGCUUCAGGUUACAUACGCUUCAGGUUACAGACUCCGCUAACCCAGAAAUAGUACCUCGGGUUAAGAACUUUGCUUCAGGAUGAGAACAGGAAUUGUGCUCCGGCAGCGCGGCAGCAGCAGGAGUCCCCAUUAGCUAAAGUGGUGCUUCAGGUUAAGAAUAGUUUCAAGUUAAGAACGGACCUCCGGAACAAAUUAAGUACUUAACCCGAGGUACCACUGUAUUUAUUGCUCAAAUCAUGCAGCAAACCCCAAGCAGAACUGAUGAUUAUUACUUGAAAUACUUAACAGAGGACAGGGAACUAGAGAUUACCUUAAAAGUGGUUAAAUUCUGUGCUGCUGCUAUAAAAUUAAAGAGACAAGCUUUGAAUGAAUCUAACCGCCAAUGUCUUCAUAUGUUUUAAAUUAGCAAUUAAGACUUUAACUUAUAUAUUUUAGCAGUUUGAAUUAUUUAUCGUGUAUUAACUCAUAGAGCUUAAUUUUAAUCUAUUUAUGUUUGUAUGUUCUCUGUUGUUGUACAAUUAUACCUUGGAAGACGAACGGAAUCCAUUCCGGAAGUCCGUUCGACUUCCAAAACGUUUGGAACCCAAAGCUUCUGAUUGGCUGUAGGAAGCUCCUGCAGCCAAUCGGAAGCCACAGAAGCCCCAUCGGACGUUCGGAUUCCAAAGAACAUUCGCAAACCAGAACACUCACUUCCGGGUUUGCGGCGUUCAGGAGCCAAAACGUCUGAGUACCAAGGUGUUCAGGAUCCUAGGUUUGACUGUAUAUGUUGUACUCUGGUCAGGGACCAAAAUAAAUCAAUUCAUUCAUGCAUGCAUACAGAAGGCCUCAGGAUCAAUCCCCAUUUAGGGUUUGGAAAAGCUCCCUGUCAAAGUUCACAUCCUUUCUGAGUCUGGCAAUGGGCCGUCAGCUGUUUGGAGCUGUGGGGGCUCUCAAUUUUGGAGGGAAUCUGAAACAUGUUCUUAAAUAUUACAUGGAGUUUAGUCCGGACUAUGGAAAAGGGGCUGAUUUGCUGAAAAGGGUCAAAAACAUUAUCAAGCUGGAGUUCCCACGAGUGAAAGGAAAAUAUGAAGAAGAGCUGCGGAAGGGACAUGGAAGAGACUUGAGGGCCUCGGAUAUAAGGUUACCAGGUUAAUGCGCUAGAUCAAUGGGAUAAAAACGACUGACAAAACCCGGGACCAGGAGGAAGGGACGCUGGAUGAAGAUUGGAUUGUGCUUAUUUCUUUUUUCUAUCGUUAGGAUUGUUUUAUAAAAUUGAUGAAUGUUAGAAAAAUGUUGAAAUGAAAUUACUUGGCUCUAGCAAAAAUGUUUAAAGAAUUAGGUAAGAAUAUUAUGGUUAUGAGAAGUUGGUAAAAAUAAGAUUUAAGCUUUAAGCUUUAAGGUUCUUUAUAAGAUAAGAUGAAAAUAGAUUAAGGUAAUGUAAUGACAGAAUAUUAUGAAUUAUGGAAAGGAUUUGCUGUGAUGAUUAUUAAUUGGGAUACAAGAAAAGGGAGGAGGAGGAGGUCAAAGAAAGAAGGCAAUGAAAGUUGAGAAUUUGAAUUUGAGAAUGAUGGAUUUAUUUUUUAUUUUUUUUAUUUUUUCUGCUUUCUUUUUUUUGUAAUUCUAAUUUUUUUUUCAAUAAAUAUCAUUAAAAAAAAAAAAAAGUUCACAUCCUCACCAUACAUUUAAAGCAUUCUUAUACCCCUUUAGCAGGCAUGGCUUCCCCCAAAGAAUUCUGGGAGCUGCAUUUAUUCAUUUAUUCAUUUUGUAUACCACCUUUCAUACGAAGGUCUUGGGGAAGUUCACAGCAUAAAAAUACAAAAUAAAAACACGAAAUUCAUAAUAAAAACGAGAACGAAAACUGAAAUAAACCAAUAUCCCUCCUUCCCACAAAACACAUUUAAAAGGACACAGAAUGUUCAUCAGCCACAGGCCUGGUUGAAGAGGAACGUUUUUGCCUGGCGCUGAAAGGUGUAUAAUGAAGGCGCCAGGCCAAUGUCCCCGGGGAGAGCUUUUCACAAACAGGGAGCCACUGCAGAAAAGGCCCCGUUCUCGUGCUGCCACCCUCUGGAUCUCUCGUGGAGGAGGCACACGAAGAAGGGCCCCAAAAGAUGAUCUCAGGGUCUGGUUAGGACCUAGGUUAGUAUGGAGAAGUGUGUCAGAAGGAGUAAAAUUUUUCUAAUUCCACUUGUAUUUUUGUCUUCCCUUCUGAAGGAGGAUGUUUCUUUCCCAAGCUGACCCUCACUUCCAGGCCUAAAGGCACCAACAAUCUCUGUGUACCGGACUCCAAGGAAAUGGAGAGAAUUUCAGGUAAUGUCGUUUAAAGAACGUGGCCAGCCGGCUUGAAUCUUCCUAGUUCAGUCAGAAUAUCAUAUUUCCUAAAGACUUUUCCUGACAAGAUAGAUGUAAAGCCAGAAAACAUGUAUCUCAAGGUUGGUUGGUUUUAAAAAAAUAUGUAUAUCUAUAUCAGCCUUUCCAACCUGGUGCUGUCUAAAUGUUUUGCACUACAUCUCCCAUCAGCCUCAGCCAUAUAGUUUAUUGCUGGUCUGGUGACAGUGGUUUUUAUUCUUUAUGCUCUGAUCUUUUGCUCAAUUAAUGGUUUUUGAAAUCAGCGACCUGUCUUGAAAUAUUUUUAUUUCUGCUCCGUAGAGAGACCAGUAUUCUUGUGUAUCUGAGCUAGAGUUUAACUCUAAGAGCAGGCAUCACAGCUAAACUGAGUUUCCUGCCUUUUCUGUUCUUUGGAGCUGUAUUGACAGCCGCCUGGCUGAUCUCCCCCUCCGCUGACAGAAGUGAGUCUCAGGAUUCAAAAUCAGAGCGCAAAUCAUUUUCUUUAGAUCCUUGAGACUUCUGAGUUGUGUCAGAAGCUGCAAGCCUUUAUUCUCUGUGCCGUUGUGAGUGGAAAGGUGUUAAUUCAACUCAUUUAGUGCUGGAAUAUAAGGAAAGAAAGGAGAAGAGAGCUAAUCUUGGCUGGAUAACAUCACUGCCCACAGCCCUGGCCAUAUUGUUGACGUUCUUACGGCAUUUGGAGAUAACCUGCCUUUGAACAGGAAAGCUCCAUUUAGCUGCCAUGGCUUAUAAGCCUAUCUGCUUCCACGAAUUAGUCUAACCAUUCCCACCAUCGGCCCCCUGCUUUGGAAGCCAGUAGCUAUGGUUGUGUUGCAUGUGUGUGGUCCCACAAGUUUUUAAAUUGUCAUUUGUGAAUAUAUUCUUCUCUUCCAAAAGGUGGUGGCAUGGCGAGUGAGACCAAGCAGAAGCCUCUUCAGCCAGAAGAUUAUUCCUUUGAAGCCAACAAGACUUUAAUGAGAAGAUCCCAGAAUAAUGUUUCUUUUUCGAGUGAGUGCCCAUUAGAAACAUUUUGGGGGAAACGAGCAGGGAUAAGUCCAUAUGUAGCCCCAAACUCUGCAACUUUUCCUCACAGGGGAGCUGAUCCGUCCCCUUGAUCAUUUGGUCAUCCUUAAAGUAAAGGUAAAGGGACCCCUGACCAUUAGGUCCAGUUGUGGCCGACUCUGGGGUUGCGGUGCUCCUCUCGCUUUACUGGCCGAGGGAGCCGGCGUACAGCUUCCAGGUCAUGUGGCCAGCAUGAUUAAGCCACUUCUGGCGAACCAGAGCAGCGCACAGAAACACCGUUUACCUUCCCGCCGGAGCAGUACCUAUUUAUCUACUUGCACUUUGACGUGCUUUCGAACUGCUAGGUAGGCAGGAGCAGGGACUGAGCAGCGGUAGCUCACUCCGUCGCGGGGACUCGAACCGCUGACCUUCAGAUCAGCAAGUCCUAGGCUCUGUGGUUUAACCCACAGUGCCACCUUUUGUCAUCCUUACCAAGAGCUUUUUGAAGAAGAGCUAUUUAAGGGAGCAGGAUACUUUUUUGGGGGGGUGGGGAUAAUAAUAAUAAUAAUAAUAAUAAUUUAUUAUUUAUACCCUGCCCAUCUGGCUGAGUUUCCCCAGCCACUCUGGGUGGCUCCCAAUCAAGUGUUAAAAACAGUACAGCGUUACAUAUUAAAAACUUCCCUGAACAGGGCUGCCUUAAGAUGUCUUCUGAAUGUCAGGUAGUUGUUUAUCUCUUUGACAUCUGAUGGGAGGGCGUUCCACAGGGCAGGCGCCACUACCGAGAAGGCCCUCUGUCUGGUUCCCUGUAGCCAGAAAGUUUCUGAGGAAUGUUUCUGAGGCAGAGAUAGCUUCCCUUUUAAACUUUCCCCUGAGACAAGUAAGGUGCAAUCUGCUCUUCUCCUUUCUGCAGAGGAGGCUUGGAGCCAGGACUGCCUCUCCUCAUCCUCUUUGUGUGAUAGAAUAAUGUUUGGCGAGGCUGAAGGUCCACUCCUCCGUUCUGAGCACUCAGAAACACGAGAGGAAUCUUUGGGAAGACUAGAGCAGAAAGGUGAGGCCUCUGGAGGCCUCCUCAUAGAUGAAAGAGAAGAGGUGUGGACCAAUUCCGGGAGGACUUACCGGUGGAAGUCGUUCCUCGUCCCACGGGAAACAAAACCUCCAAGGGAGAAGCUUCACAGGUGCCCAGUUUGCUGGAAGUGUUACAGCACGAGGCCAAUCCUGGCACGGCACCAAAGGAUCCACACGGGCGAGAGGCCGUACCAGUGCUCCGAGUGCGGGAGGAGCUUCAGCCAACGCAUCGACCUGAAGAACCACCAGAGGAUCCACACGGGCGAGAGGCCGUACCAGUGCUCCGAGUGCGGGAAGAGCUUCAAGCACCACUCCAGCUUGACGGCCCACGAGAAGAUCCACACGGGCAACAAGUCCUAUUCGUGCCUGGAGUGCCGGAGCAGCUUCAGCAACAGGUCGAGUUUCUCCAAGCAUCAGAUGACCCACUUGGCAGAGAAGGCAGGGCCUUCUCUGGGAGCAGCGAAAGUUUCAGGGAGUGGUGGAACCUUACAGGACAUCAGAGAAUCCACCUGAGAGAGAUGGGCUGGCCACCUCUGCCAUGAACUUAGGACAUUCCUCUCUUACGGGGGCAAGGAGAAUCUGUGGCCCUCAAUGUGUUAUUGGACUCCAGCUCCCCAGACCCUUGACUAUUGGCCGUGCCCCACUGUGCUUGGUUCUACUCUGAAGUUCCAGAGCAGCAUUGAUCCCUGCCAAAAGCAGGGCUUGCCUUGGGUGCUGAAAGCAAUCCCUUCCUGGGGCAGGAAUCUGGUUUCAUUAUGAAGGUUUGACUGGGUGGUUUUAUGGGGCUUCUGAACUUUUGCAUUAAAUACAUGAUGGUUUUGUACUGAAA